UCUAGCUAUCUCGCACGUGACCCCAGCCUCCCCGAAGCCUGUUCGCCAGGUGACCAGCAGCGACCAGGCAGUGGGAACGACGCGCCGUCCAAGCAAACCCACUCACUUCAAUUCUCCAACCUCCUUCCUUUCUCGCUGCCCCUCUGGUCCCCUGCGAUUUGGCGAGUUUUGGCGUCGGUUUUCCUGUGAAAAUAUCGUCGCUUAGCAAUUACGUGUUGGUCUGACUUUUAUCUCAAGAUUUUCACCCCCUUCUUGACCACCGUCGAGCGCCCGAGGCCCAGUCCGCCGAUACCGUUUGUUUUCAGCAUCCGUCGCGUCACCCCCCUCUAGUUGCGCGGAACAUCUACGAAUCGCCCCGCAUUGGGCGGGCUUUGCUUAUACCUUCGGGCAUAUUAUCCUUAGAAACCUGAGUGAUACCUUACGACUUACAACUUUGUCGGCGCCAUGUUUUAUUCAGAGACUCUGCUGUCCAAGACCGGGCCCUUGGCUCGCGUCUGGCUAUCGGCCAACCUUGAGCGCAAGCUGUCCAAGUCGCAUAUCUUACAGUCCGAUAUUGAAAGCAGCGUCAGCGCUAUCGUAGAUCAGGGACAGGCUCCCAUGGCUUUGCGAUUGAGUGGGCAGCUGCUACUCGGUGUGGUUCGAAUUUACAGCAGGAAAGCGCGUUAUCUGCUCGAUGACUGCAACGAAGCCUUGAUGAAGAUCAAGAUGGCGUUCCGUCUCACAAACAACAACGACCUGACAACAAGCGCCGUAGUUGCCCCCGGUGGCAUCACGCUGCCUGACGUACUGACCGAAACUGACUUGUUCAUGAAUCUCGAUUCGUCUCUACUAUUGGCCCAACCUCUCGCACUGGAACCGGAGGGUAAGCGACCGAGCUCGUCGAUGGACUUUGGAAGCCAACUGUUUCCCGAAACUGGACUUGGACGCUCUGCUUCUCAGGAACCUGCCCUUUUGGAAGACCCUGAUCUCGAUCUUAGACUUGAUUUUGGAGAUGACGAGACAGCAUUCGCUAGCGAAAUCGGACGAGAAGCUCCACCUCAGCGCCCCGUCGAGGAGGAUCUCUUCAGCGAAACCGGCAAGUUGAACGAGAUUGACGAUCUAGGACUCGAUCUUGGAGAGGAUGGCGCCCCGUUGGAUAGGAUGGAUCUUGGAGAGGACGGCUUGCAGGACAACUUUUUGCCUUUGGAUGACGGAAUGGAUUUUGGUCAGGAUGAUACCAUGGCCGCCGACGUUGAUGCCGAUCAAUCCGAUCGUGAGAGCGUUCUGACAGAAGCGUCUGAUGGCAUGAUGGAGCGACUGAACCCCGAAAAUGACAACGAAUUCGCCAAUCCCAACAAUGAGGAAGAGGACGAUACAGUCAUCCAGCAUACUCAGCGCGUAAAGCGACAGAAGCAACUUCCUACUAUUGAGCUUGAUGAACACUCCGAGUACAAAGGAAACUCCUACCUCCAAGUCCAGCGAGAACAGCUCGCCGAGACUCUCCAGCCCGCUUCUUUCCUGCCUCGCGACCCUUUCCUCCUCACCCUCAUGACCAUGCAACAGAAUGGCGACUUUGUUUCGAAUGUCAUGGGCGGCGGCCGUGGCCGUGGAUGGGCUCCCGAGAUCCGUGAUCUGCUGUCUUUUGAUACUGUUAAAAAGGCUGGUGAACUGAAACGCAAGCGCGACAGCGGAAUUGCCGAUAUGGAUGUAGAAGCCGCUACCACCCCCGCUUUGGAACUCGGCGAGGAUGAGGCGAUUGUACCCAUGGACGAGGGUAUUGGUCUUGACUCGACAUUGCACCAGCGCUCGGAGAUUGAAUUUCCCGGUGACGAGGAAGACCAGCUCCAUCUCACUGAUGACGAAGGAAUUCACCAACCGUUGGACGAGAUGGACGAUGAGACGAUCGAGCCCGUUGACAGUGCCCUCGUGUCGGUGGGUACAAAACGCGCCGUGCACAUCCUGCGUGACUGCCUCGGUGAUGCAGAACAAAAGAAGGCUGUCAGAUUCCAGGAUCUUCUACCGGAGAAAAAGGCGUCCAAGGCCGAUGCAACCAAGAUGUUCUUCGAGGUUCUGGUCCUAGCCACCAAGGAUGCCGUCCAGGUUGAGCAGCGCCCAAACACAGUUGGUGGCCCGAUCAAGAUCCGCGGAAAGCGUCCCCUCUGGGGCUCGUGGGCCGAAGAAGAGGCUGAAGCUCCCAGCCAGUCGACUCAGAUCGCCGCUUAGAUGUGGUUCGCAUGGUGUGCAUCCUCUGUUUUGAAGCUCUUUUUUGUACAUUGUUAUGCGCAAUAUCUCUCUGCCUCUUUCGUCUUUUUUUUUGUCCGUUUUUCAUCUCUCAGUCGAUAUUCCCCUGCCCUCGCUGAGUGAAGCGGUUUUAUGGAAGGGCUGAACUGUCUUGGAUUGUGGGCUUUCUGACGAAUACUACUGGAGUUGGGGCAUGUUUCUUUUCAUGCGUUUUAGGAGCCGAAAAGGGGUCAAUUGCUUGGUUUAACUGUUUGUGUUUGGGCAAAUGCUUUCUGGGCCAUUUUUAGGUAGUUUUGUGUUAGUAGACCUUUUUAAUCGAAUCGAAAACCGUACGUCUCAUACCUCUGUAC